CAAAAGCCCAUUUACGAUUUUCACAUUCUCCGUUCAUCUUCCUCACCUUACCUACCUAGGGUUUAUCCCAAAACCCCCAAAUCACAGCAUAACAAAGAAAGCAUCAAAAUGACGUCGUUUAUUCAGAAAUUCUCAUUGAAAACGAAGAACAUUGGUAAAAGAUCUACAAAAAAAUACUUAGAAAAUGCACUUUACAAAGAUCUAUUCAAGGAAGGAAGCGAAGAGAAUCACGUUAGGAAAAAUGUGAAUCAGUUUUUGAAAUCACAUAAAAGUGCUUAUAAAUGGGAAGUUGGAAAGUCCAUUAAAGUAUUACGUCAACGCAAUUUAUACGCUCCAGCACUCAAGUUAUCAGAAACAAUGGAAAAAAGGGGCAUGAACAAGACCAUCAGUGAUCAAGCUAUACAUCUAGAUCUUGUUGCCAAGAGUAAAGGGAUUGGAGCAGCAGAGAGCUAUUUUAUGAAUCUCCCAGAGACAUCGAAAAAUCUUCUCACUUAUUCUGCUCUUCUGAACUGCUACUGCAAGGAAUUAAUGACUGAAAAAGCUGAGGCUUUGUUGGAAAAAUUGAAAGAACUUAAGUUAGAUUUAAGCUCCAUGCCUUACAACAGCUUGAUGACUCUUUACACAAAAACCGGGCACCCAGAAAAAAUUCCAGCCAUUAUUCAAGAAAUGAAGGCGUAUGAUGUUAUGCCAGAUUCUUACACCUACAACGUCUGGAUGAGGGCUCUUUCCUCCGUGAAUGACAUUUCUGGGGUUGAGAGGGUUAUUGAUGAAAUGAAGAGGGAUGGACGUGUUGCUGAAGAUUGGACUACAUAUAGUAAUUUGGCGUCGAUCUAUGCGGAUGCUGGCCUAAAUGAUAAAGCAGUGAAGGCACUCAAGGAACUGGAGAAGAAAAAUGUAUGCCGCAAUUUGACUGCUUAUCAGUUUCUGAUCACACUGUAUGGCCGUGUUGGAAGCUUGCUUGAAGUAUAUCGUGUAUGGCGUUCUUUGAGGCUUGCUUUUCCCAAAACAGCAAACAUAAGCUAUCUUAACAUGAUCCAAGUUUUGGUGAACUUGAAUGACUUACCUGGUGCUGAGAAAUGCUUCAAGGAAUGGGAGUCUGGACACCCAACUUAUGACAUACGUAUAGCAAAUGUGCUUAUAGGAGCUUACACUAAACAAGGUUCCCUGGAGAAAGCUGAACAGCUUAAAGAACGAGCCCGAAGGAGCGGAGCUAAGCCCAAUGCAAAAACAUGGGAGAUUUUCAUGGAUUAUUAUCUGCAAAAUGGGGAUAUCAAAUCAGCAAUUGAUUGUGUUGACAAAGCAGUUUCAAUUGGAAGGGGUGAUGGUGGCAGGUGGCUUCCAUCAUCUUCCUUCGUAACAAAAUUCAUGAGUCAUUUCGAACAAAAUAAAGAUGUCGAUGGUGCAGAGCACUUUGUGGAAAUUUUGAAGAAGUCUAAGGAUGAGCUGGGGGUUGGCAUAUUUGAAUCCUUGUUAAGAACUUAUAAAACUUCUGAAAAAACAAGUCCUAUCAUGCGUCGGCGGAUUAAAAUGGAGAACAUAGAGCUGACCGAUGAAGGUAAAAGAUUGCUCGAUGCCAUCUCGGUUGAGUGAGAUCAUUUAUAAGGUAAUUGACAUGUCACAAACUGAAAUGGAGAUAUGAGUUUUCAUCAUGUUGCUGUAAUUGGGAUCAUUUAUAGUUCCUGAAUACUAAUAAAAAGAAAGUUGACACUGGAAACUAAUCUGCCAUAUUAUGUCCUUUAUUUUUGAAAAGUGUCAUCAAGCUGUUGUGUUUUUCUUAA